CAGCCAUGUAGUGUAAUGGAGCAGAUAUGACGCAGGAGAUAGUAAACCUGCCACAACCUAAAUGGCGGGCACUUCGCGUUCUUUCCUCACACUGUGACUCUCGCGACAACAUGACUUCACGCAUGCCCUCUGGGAACGCUCCGAAAUGUACCGAAAUCUCCUUCUGCGGCUCCGGAAACAGCCGAUCCCACCGACCCCGGAAGUAGCAGCUGGAUCCAGGAAAGAGGCUGUGGUGGCCGGCAGCGUCCGAGGGGACAAUGGAGGAAAGCGACAGCAACAGAUUUCAUCGGACAUGAUUAGACAUCGGUUUCAUGGUCAGGAGCUACAUGCGAUGUCGGUGUAACAGUUAUCCCGACUUUGAGGACAAGUUUCUGUGAGACAUGCAGGCGUCAGCACAUCGCUUCCGUGACGUGGAGCACCAUCCUCUUCUUAAUGAGAGCGAUGGCUACAAUUCCUCCCCCUCGGAGGCAGAGCUGGUGGAUAAGCUGUGGUUUAUACGGGAUGGCUGCGGCAUGGUCUGUGCUGUCAUAACAUGGAUGCUGGUCUUCUAUGCAGACUUUGUGGUGACUUUUGUCAUGAUCCUCCCCUCCAGAGACUUUUGGUAUUCAGUUAUUAAUGGAACCAUGUUUAACUGCCUGGCAGUGCUGGCGCUGACCUCCCACUUGAGGACAAUGCUGACCGACCCGGGAGCUGUGCCCAAAGGAAAUGCCACAAAGGAAUACAUGGAGAGUUUACAGCUGAAGCCCGGCGAGGUAAUUUACAAGUGUCCGAAGUGUUGCAGCAUCAAACCAGAACGCGCUCACCACUGCAGUAUUUGUAAGAGAUGUAUCCGGAAGAUGGAUCACCACUGCCCAUGGGUCAAUAACUGCGUGGGAGAGAAGAACCAGCGAUUCUUUGUGCUCUUCACAAUGUACAUCGCUCUGAUCUCGCUCCAUGCCCUCAUUCUGUGUGGCCUCCAGCUCUUCACCUGUGUCCGGGGACAGUGGACAGAUUGCAGUUCUUUCUCCCCUCCGGUCACGGUCAUUCUCAUGAUCUUCCUGUGCCUGGAAGGUCUCCUCUUUCUUACAUUCACCGCUGUAAUGUUCGGCACCCAAAUUCACUCAAUAUGCAAUGAUGAAACGGAAAUUGAGCGACUAAAGAGCGAGAAGCCCACUUGGGAGCGGAGAAUGCGCUGGGACGGGAUGAAGUCUGUCUUCGGAGGGCAGCCAUCAUUCCUGUGGAUUAAUCCUUUUGCUGGCCUCCAAAUAAGACGUUUCCUGAGAGCGCGGAAAGGAGGCACGGAAUUUUCAGUCUGAAGUUCUCCUCUUUUUACCAGAAUGAUCUAAAUUCCUUUAUAAUGUAUGUAUCAGAUGGUGUCGGAAUUGUCUGCACAAGUUCAGAUCUCGCUGAAAAGGAAGAUCCAAUGACCAAAAAGACACAAACGGAACUUACAAUAGACUUUUACAUUUUUUUUAAUGGAGUGAAGACACUUUAGAGAGAUAAGUGGCGUCUUGCAUGUUGCGUGUACAGUGGCAAGGAAGACGCAGGAUCUGAAGGGGUCUUUUAUUCGCUACAGGGUCCUGAUUGUUUCUUUUUUAGCUCAUGUCUAAAGAUUUUUUUAUUGGAAUGAGAUUUGUUUUAAAGAUGUUAUUGCUGGAUAAAGGAACGAGACCAGAGGUUUCCCCGGUCUUAUCUACAUCCUGAGCCAGUUGGACUUCGAGGUGUCAGCAUGCUGGUCCUGCCAUACUUGUGUGCAUGGAGCUGUUGGUUCUGGGCAUCGCACUGCAUUAAUCUCAGCUCGGUCCUACUUUCUGCAUCAUCCAUUCCUCGCUGCUAUCAUCUCCAUUUACCUCUCCGUCCCUUCUUCAACCUUUCCCUUACCUGCUUUUAGAAUUGCAGUUGCCAUAUUUAUCUUAUUGACCUAGAAUACAGAAAAUAUUGGCUCCUAGCAGUAAAUUAUGUGGAGUCCAGCUAUUGUCUUGUCAUUCAGACAACUCUCAGCUCCACCUCAAAUGUCAUUUUACUGCUUAAAUCUACAUGUAUUAUUCCGUAUGUUUGUAAAUGUUUAUCUUGUACUGAUUCUAUGGAACACCAGUCACAUCCACAGAGCUAAAUAAUGUUUCUGCUAGAUCAUGUCUUAGACUUAAGUCACAUCCAGAACUGCAGUCAUUCUGUUAUAUGAGACUAAUAGAACAAAUAGACCAAAUAAUGGUUAAGGCAUUAAAGGGGUACUCCUGUGGAAAUUUUUUUAUUUAUCAGAACAGAUUUGUAAAUUACUUCUAUAAAAAAAAAAUCUUAAUCCUUCCAGUACUUAUUAGCUGCUGAAUACUACAGAGGAAAUUAUUUUCUUUUUGGAACACAGAGCUGUCUGCUGACAUCAUGCCCACAGUGCUCUCUGCUGACAUCUCUGUUCAUUUUAAGAACUGUCCAGAGUAGGAGAAAAUCCCCAUAGCAAACAUAUGCUGCUUUGGUCAGUUCUUAAAAUGGACAGAGAUGUCAGCAGAGAGCUCUGUGUUCCAAAAAGAAAAUAAUUUCCUCUGUAGUAUUCAGCAGCUAAUAAGUACUGGAAGGAUUAAGAUUUUUUAAUAGAAGUAAUUUACAAAUCUUGAAAAAAGUUUUCCACCGGAGUACCCUUUUAAGUCUACAUUUACCAAAGGAUUGCAUAAACAAGAGAAUGGGCUCGCAAGAUGCCAUAUAUGAUGGAAAAUGUAUAGACCAAAUCAUAAUGGGGACCCAUGGCCUCUUCAGGGAAAAAAAUAAAAUUGUCGCCAUCAAAUUCAUAACCCAUGUCUGUGGAGCCACCGCUGGCAUUUCCAUAUAUAUCUUUCUAGCUCCCAAGUCUCCGAAACCCCUCCGAAUCCACUAACUGCUAUUUGGUGCACAGAUAUAUUUUCCAUCAUGUACUGUGUCUUGAGCGUUAGGUAUUUUCUUGUGGGCGUGCAAAAUGUCUUUAUAGUCCGGUCAC